UGUUCACGUUGUUCUCGCGCACAUGGAAUCCCUGUGCCGUGUCAUUUAUUCGCCUUUUCACAAAAGCACUACGACAUAAUCGGCAACCAACGAAAGCCCGCUUUUAGUGGUGCUAGUAACUGGGGUGAGAAGUGAAGUGACGGGGAGGGGGUGGUUCACCGGCUUCUUUUAAAGCUCCAGAGAGCAGGGAGUUCAUGUGUCCGUAAAAGGCGGGCCGACGAAGACACCUCACCGGCCGUGUUAGCUAGCUUCCGCGUACUGCAUUGUUAACCGAGCUAUACUUAAUUUACUCCCCAAACAAGAUGUCUGAGUCUUUAAAGCGAAACGUCGCUAGUAAAACGGGCCAUGGUGUCAGGCUGCCCUGUCAACUGCUCGCGUGAGCCGAAUUCCACUUCCUGCGCAGGAGGGCAGGCAGCGGGCACUCUGAGGACGAGGGUGGCCGAGGGAGGCGCGCGACGGGCGGCCACCGAGGAGCCACAAUAGUCGACAGAGAGGACUGAAGGAAGGAGGAACCGGCGGGAGCUCCGUUUUUCAACCCAACUUCAUUAGUCGUCGUCGCCGGCUGACAUCAAUGGACUAGCAACUCAUUCGAUUCCUUCCCUCACUGGUGCUUUCUGCGGUCCAAGGCAGAGGUUUUCUGGUCCAAAUAUGUCGCAACUGCUCCAUGUCGAGAUCCCAAAUUUUGGAGCCACAGUGCUAGGCUCUCUGAAUGAGCAGCGUUUGUUGGGACACUACUGUGAUGUCUCCAUCCUAGUCAAAGGCCAGGCGUUUAAAGCCCACCGGGCCGUGCUGGCUGCCAGCAGUCUGUACUUCCGUGACCUCUUCAGCACGUCCACCAAGAACCAAUUCGAGUUGCCCUCCUCGGUCACACCGGCGUGCUUUGAGCAGAUCCUUUCCUUCUGCUACACGGGCAAGCUGACAAUGGCAGCGAGCGAGCAGCUAGUUGUGAUGUACACGGCCGGCUACCUUCAAAUCCAGCACAUCGUGGAACGCGGAAUGGACUUGAUGUUCAAGGCCAACUCCCCACACUGUGACUCACAGACAGCCGGCACUCUAGAGGAGACGAGCUCAGAGCCGCAGAGUCCGUGCAACAAUGGCAACGGUUUGGCGGUGGCCGCCCUUCUGGCGAACACCGGCUGGUCCCCCUCUCUCCUCAUGCCGCCGCGCAAGAUUAAACUAGAAAGCGGUGAACCCACACCCCUGACCGUUGCGACCACGCAAGGCAAAAUCUCCUCCUCUGAGUUGGGAAGCCGGCUGGCGAGGGCAAGUUCACUGUUUUACACCACGGCAGGAGGGACCACCAUCCCCGGUGUGCCUCCUUACCACCUUUUGGGUGCUGGGGGAGGUGGGCCAGCAGGCGGAGCAGCGGGUGAGCGUUCAAGUCCCGGUGAAUCCAGUCUGCCGACUACCGACAGUCCAACUUCAUACCAGAAUGAGGAUGAAGAGUUUGAAGAAGAGCCUUACGACGGAAUGGCGGAAGACAGUUUUGGUCACCUCUAUGCACGUUCAGCCAACCCCUAUGGCGUUCCAGACAAACCCGAGAUUUCGGGCAUGCCGCUGGCCCUGGAGAAUCGUAAUUGCGUGCUGAUCCGUCGGGAUCUGGUAGCGCUGCCCGCCAGCCUCAUUAGCCAGAUCGGCUACCGAUGUCACCCAAAGCUCUACACAGAGGGAGACCCCGGCGAGAAGCUGGAACUGGUUGCUGGUACACAGGUGUUCAUGACUCGAGGUCAGCUGAUGAAUUGUCAUCUCUGCGCUGGAAUCAAACACAAGGUCUUGCUGCGCCGUCUGUUAGCGACGUUCUUUGAUCGAAAUACUCUAGCCAACAGCUGCGGGACUGGUAUUCGCUCCUCCACCAGUGACCCCAGCAGGAAACCCCUGGACAGCAGGGUCCUCAACGCUGUCAAACUCUACUGUCAAAACUUCAACCCUAACUUCAAGGAGAGCGAAAUGAAUGUGAUUGCUGCUGACAUGUGCACCAACGCCCGACGCGUGCGUAAGCGCUGGUUGCCCAAGAUCAAGUCUAUGCUGCCCGACGGAAUGGAAGUGUACCGUGCCGGAAUGGCCAUGGGUGCCGCCACCCCCGUGCCCGUGGGCCUGAACCUGGGACUGGGCGCCACCCCGCAACAGGUGACGCUUCCUUUUGAGACCGACUUCAAAAGCUUCGACCAGAGGUUGUACCCCGAGCGCAAGGACCCCCUGCGGACUCAUCCGGCGCUAGCCGACGGCAGCCCGGGGUCCGGGGCGGCGGCGGCAGCUUCCGAAGGAGAAGCGGGAGGAACCCAGGAAGAGCAGGAGGAGGACGAGGACGACGCCGGUUUGGAGGCUAGUGACACCUCCGCCAAUUUGAUCCCCAACGGCAGCGACGCGUCCGCUUGCGACGAUGCGCCGCCCGAGCAAGAAGCUUUCGGACAAGGCCUGAGGGUGAACGGACAGUGAAUGUCGCCUCGCAACUCGUCAUGAAGUUCUUCUUACCUUUUGCUUGUUCUCCUCCUCCUACCAUCUUUCUUCUUCUUCGUCUGUGCUUCCUCCGCGGUGCAAAAAGCUUGUGAUCGUACGCCAGGGGAAUUUGCCACACGUAUGCGUGCUGAGGCGCUUACGUGCACCUGCCCUUUUGUUGAUGCACAAAAAGUGCUCCAAGCAGACGCAGGCAUCAAGAUAAGUCACUCUUCUACUCCUUUCAAGAAGUCUUUCGCUGAAUUUCACCUUGACAAAUAAUGUGACUGCCAUACAAAAAUUCCCGUUUUGCCAGCACUUUAUAAACUUUCUCCAAAAAUGAAAGCAAUAGUUUGAUAGAUAAAAGUAAAGUCUAGCUGCCAUUGACGUCGAUAGAUGUCCAAUCCAUUUAAGAUGUGAGCAGCAAAUGAAUAAUAGUCCACUUCCAGUUCAAAUGGGAUUGGGUGUCUACUUGUGAUAAAUUAAUUAAAAUUCACAGAAAAAUGGAAAGAGCCACAUGAUAGGACAUCUAAUGCUGUCAAUGGCCAUGGAAGAGUCAAGUACAUACAAAGUUUAAAUUUACAGAUUGUGCUUAUUUUAUCUGUUGACGAUUGGAUGUAUCAUAGAUAUAUAUAUUUAUCUUUUCAACAUGGGCUAAAAUGACUCCCAAAUGUCUCGUGCACUGACAAUUUUUAUAUGGGUCCUGAGAGCUGCUGUGACUUUUUUCUUCGUCAAAAAUCAUUUGUGCACGUAGGAUACAGAUCAGUUUUCAUUUGAUAAAUUUUUACAAAAAUAUUUGUUUCUAAUUUUGUUAAUGAUUAGUGUCGGUAAAUCCACCUGUGAUAAAAACAUGGGCCAAAAAUUGCAACUAGCUUUGUCGUCUCAGAAUUCCGACAAUUUUUUUUUGCUGCGUCUAUCUGGACCAAUCUCGAAAUUUUACGUGUUGGUAGCCUAUCUAGGGACGAUAACAUGAGGCCGGAAAUCUUAGCUUUUUUUCCAUCUUAAUGAUGUUAUUACACUUUAUCGCAAUGAUUCAAUGUUGAACUGUUCUAAUGGUAUAUUGACAAUUAGAGAUACAACCAUGUAUUUCUGGUUUGUGACAGUGACUAUGCCUACGUCUGCUUUUGGACAGCACUUCUCGGCCACACUCUUACACAUACACACACUGAAUACAUAAAGUAUAAUUGCUAGCCAACGCAUUGAUAAAAAGAAAAAUAUCCACGCGCUGCAACGAUGCUUUUGUAGUACAAAAUUCUUGUCUUGGGUAAAAGAACAUGCACUAAAUGGUACAUUGCAUGCCCACGUACCAAGGAUGGAUGAUUAAACAACCGAUCUAUAGAGAAGUGCAAGUGUCAAACAUGGAAAUGACUGUUUAGGGGUUCAUGUUAUUAAUUGUAUUUUCAUACUGAGAGCUUAGCUCAGUGCGCUCCGUGUUGUCACCUGGGUGUGACCCAGAAGUGGCUUGUGUAUGACACAAUUCACGGCGCGCGCUGCCACCCUGCCCAGAUUUUCCGAGCGAAGCCCUGUUUUACCGUUCACAUCCACAUGAUCCUCCUCAGUCCAGCUCCCCUCCUAUUAUAUGACCCCCCCCCCCCCCCCAAUAGUGGUUAGGGCGGGUAAAUUAUCGACACGCUGGCUUUUUGCAUUUGCACUCUAAAAGACUUUAGAUCAUUUUUGAAAAUAUGUGACUGAAUGAUGAUGCGACUGAAAACGCCGUUCCAAAACAGGAGGGCAACAUCAAAUAUGGAUUUAAGAGCUAUUUAUUUGUCUUACGCGCGUGCUUUUCUUUCCAUGCCAUUUAAUCCUAGCCUGUUUUACUUGUUCAUGUUCCCGAUUGGUGUUGAAUUAUCAUUUACUCCCCCGCAAAAAGUUUAGCAGAUGAACAAGUGAUACAAAAAUUGACGCAAAAAAAAAAAAUGGGAUUGCCCUGAAUAUGUUUGUUUAUUCCAAAAAGACGUGCCAUUUGCAAGGUUAUUUGGAGGCAAGCUUUAAGAUGGUCCUGCACAGGGUUGUAAUUGCACUAUAGGAAAUAAUGUAAAUGAUGUUUACAGUGUCUUUUAGGUUUUUCUUUUGUUUUUGUUUACUUAGAACAGGGCUAGCAUAGGCUAGAACGGCUUAGAAGCUCGAAUGAAUGUAAAUGUUAGCUCUGCUUCAGCAAAAGUUUCUGAACGGUCUUCCAAUAAGUGCAAAUGGCAGCCUUUUUCCCCCCAGUAUCAGUUGCUUUUAGCACUCAUGAAAUGACACAAAUGGGUGCAUCUCAAAUUAGCAUACUGUGGGAAGUGAGUAGUUCUAAAAGUAAAACUUGUGUAUUAAAUUCACUUAAAGGGAACCUCGGACUUAAGGACUUGUAGGCUCUAAUAAGGCACAAUUAUUUUCUUUUACUAAGAUGUUAUUAGAAACAUAAAAUAUUGCCAUUGAUUUAAAAAUCCAUAAUAUUUAGUACAUGUUUUGACCUAUGGAGGGCGCCAUGUUUUAUGCGCGCAAUGGACGCUUGAGGUGAUGACGAACUUUUUCAUACACUAGACCGGGGGUCGGGAACCAAUGUCUCGCAAGCCAUAUAUGGCUCUUUUGACGGGCGCAUAUGGCUCUCUGCCAAAACUGUCAUCUUAAAUGUGGAACCCGCCGACUUGCUUGACAUGAACCAGCUAUGAUGAGCGGAUGGCGCAUUCGCACAUUAAUCUUGGACACUUCAAAUGUGUGUCGCAAUAAUAAGUCGGGUGGCGCAGAGAUGGCCUUGUUCGUUAAGUCACCACUCAGGGGUCUGGCCCUCCCGACUCAAUGCCGAGCAAACAGGAGUAUAUAAAAAAUACAUAAGGGAAAAUUAAACCCUGAAAGGGAACCGCAUAGUACCCCAAGUCACAUAGACGUGUGAUUGCUUUCGUGACUGUCAAAUUGAGCGAGAGGUUCCGCCUGUCUCGACCACUGUUACGCACACGUCCCCCUGAUCGUCCCCGAUUGUCGUUUCCACUUCCAGGAAAUAUACGCGGUGCCACACCAUGUUUCUAUUUGUUAUUUUCCUUGUAGUGAGUGCACAACUGCGCAACGAUUGUAACAACCCAAGCAACAAUGUUAGACUUUCUUUGUCGUUUUCUCAAGAUUUAUUUCAAUCGCAACUCGGCGACUGCUCGUAAAAGCAGAAUGUAUUCACGAAAGAAACAGUGCUUACAAAAUGGACUCGGACAAGCUGGCAAAAGAACAUAGAAUAUACAGUGUGUGUUUUUAUACACACACACUGUAUGGCUCUUGUGGAAUCACAUUUUAAAGUACGUUGAGUUUUGGUUCUCUCUAAAAGGUUCCCGACCCCUGCGCUAGACAAACACUACCAAUCUUCUGAAAUUCCUUCUAUGCAGCGAGACGUCCAACACAUGCAACCAUCGGUUAAAAGCGGCGAGUACUUACUAAUUUUUUAUUGAGCAUUUUUUUUUUUUUUUACCUUUUCCUUGCCUCAAAAUAUUUUUUGCGGGUGUUUCCCUCUCAUACUUUUAAGCACUGUGUUUUCUUGUGAUCGCUUUAAAGCAGAUUGUUGAUCUGUUGACCACAUUAGUCACGUAGUGUAUUUAAACCACCCAUAUUUGAUAUUACUUCGUUGAAGUAUUUUCUUACGGCAUCUUUAGUAUAUUCUGUCUGUAUGCGUCUAAACAAAAGCUGAAAGCGCACGGCAGUACUUUGGGUGUCAAAUUCGUCUCUUGUAGGACGUUUAGCCGGUGUAGCACAUUUUGGCAGAACACCGGUUUUGUCAUAGUCUCCUCUCAUCCCGUCUUUCCUGUUCAUUUUGCUUUUGCCGCUCGUUUUGUGAAAGAUCGAGAGUGCUGUCAUGCUCAUUAAUGUUGCUCUUGGGUUCAAAUUGAAAGGGUUGAACAGAUGACAUGUUUAUGUCGCAAGAGUCAUACUCUGGCAGCGUAACCAUGUGACGUCAACAACAAUGGCGACCUACUAGUUAAACUAAUUUUACAAAUUGUAUAAAAACGAAAACAUCAAGAAGGGUUUUCAUAUCAAAUUAUUUUAACUCAUAAUAACGUUUAUCUUUUAAGAACUACAAGUCUUUCUAUCCGUGGAUCCCUUUAACGAUCAUCACCUUUAAUAGUUCGUUUUUAAACUGAAUUUCUGAAAUACUUUUUUUUUUUUAUCAACCAUAUUCGAUUUUGAGAUGCACCUGUAGAUUUCCUCAAAUAAUGGCCUGUCCCGAUAUCCCAAUUGCCGUAUAUAGUGCCGAAACGUAAUGAUUCACAACACGCACCCUUCCUCUUGCUAUUUUGUCGUUUAUUCAGAACAUCACACGAUUUAGCACAAGUUGUCGUGGCUCUUUUACUACCUCUGAAAUCAGAAAAUUACAGGUUGAGUUGAGUACCCGUAUUCUGCCUUCCAUUCAUCCAGGCAAUUUAUCGGGUGCCGUUACGACACUGACGCUACCUCUGAAGGUGGAAUAUUCCCGGACUGACUGCCUGGUUCCCACCUUGUCAAAACCGGAAAAAUACAUUGAAAUCCCUGGCUUUUGUAGGCAGUGUGAAAGGGGCUUUUAAUAUAGGCCGCUAUGGCUGUACUACCUCUAAAAUAAGGAAAUUGCCAGGUUAAAGGGGAAGUUCAAAAUUUUUUACAUCAGUCUUAAUCUUUAAUCUUAGCGAAGAUUUAAUUAGUCAGUGAACUUGAUUCCAACAAAUUCCGUGUAGUUUGUUAGUUAUUUGUUGUUAUUUGUUGGUUUCAGGGCUCCAGAGUGGCUAAGCUAGCGCGAGUCAACGGUAUGAUCUUAGCAUGCUAAUAAAAACAACAUGUACACACAUGAAAAUCGUCGAUGACCCAUGCAAUCAAUAGUGUUGGACAUGUUUUCAGGAUGAAGUUAUCAAAACUUACUAUUGCAUGUGAAUAUUGGCAGCCUGAACAGCAACAUUUGUAAUCCAGAAGCUCUGCAGAGGAGCAGGCGGAGUGAUAUCACAUUGUUUUGUUUUUUUUUUAUCGCUGAUUUUUUUAUGUUGUAGCCAGCACCAAGUAACCAGUUUAUAUUGUUCCUCCUUCUUCAGCAGGAAUUAGUGUAAACUUUCUUUUGCCCAUUUCUUCUGUCUGUUUCCACAGCCUCUAAAUGCACAUUUCGCUAUGUUGCCAGCCAUAAAUUAAACAAACUAAUGCUGCAUUCAAAGAAAGUGGGAAGUCAGUUUCCAACCUCCGAUCUGGAAAAAUAUCAUUGUAACGCCUCCACUAUUUGAUCACUUACAAGAAGGCAGGUUUGCUGGAGGUCAAAAUGUCAUUUGAUGACUAAAAUAAAAAACUUGUCGGCUUUAGCCAUCUUUGCUGUUUACAUUAGCUAGGAACGCUUUGAGGUCGCAACUUGUACCCUCCGAGCGGGAUGUCUGACUUCCAACCUUUCUCGAAUGCAGCGUGAGCACGAGUGGCCGACGCACUCUUCUCCAUUGUGGUCGUAUUACGCAUCUUAAAAAAAAAUACCGUAAUUUUCGAACCAUAAGCUGCUACUUUUUUCCUUUAUUUUGAAUCCUGCAACUUAUAGUCCAGGACGGCUUACUUGCUGAUUUGGGUUAAUAGGUAACACGUGCCUCCUAGCAUGCAUUGCAGCGCCACAGAUGUAAAUAGCAAUCCAAAUUCAUGUUCUGUGCUCAUUACUUAUUCAGUUACUGUUCCAGUUGUUUCAUAAAUUGCUAGUUAUGGUAUUUGGUAACAAUUUAUUGGACAGCGGCGUCAUAAGACUGUCAUAAGACCAUCAUAAUUAUGACACGACACUAUCAUGGGCAUUACUUAAUGCUUAUGACAGAUGUCAUUAGGUGUCAUCCGGCAAAUUAUGUCAGUAACUCAGAUCUUUUACAUCCAUUCAAAAGUGAGAUAAUUUGCCAGAUAACACUAAAUGAUAUGUGUUAUAAGCAUUCAUUAAUGUUCAUUACAGUGUCAUGUCAUAAUUAUGAUUGUCUACUGACAGUCUGAUGGCGCCACUGUCAAAUGAAGUGUCACCAAAUACCAUAACCAAUAGAGGUGUGCGAAAUUUCCGAUUCUUAGAUUAUUUGCGAUUCAGCCGUGGAAGGAUCGAGAACGAUUCACAAACAUCCAAAUUCCGAUUAUUGAUAUAUUCCAAGUAAAGCGGAACUAAAACACAUUUAGCGUGGUCUUGGGAACGCAGUGAGGCAGGGCCGGCCUAGGCCAUUUGGGGGCCCGAAGCAAAAUAAUGCAAAGGGGCCCAUAUUUUUGGCCCACCAUUUCGUCACAGUGUACUGUGAAACCCAUACAUGCAAUCCAAGCCAUACGUCCAUAUUUUGUAUAUUAAUCAGAUUUUGUUGUUGAUGUUGUUGUUGUUGUUGCAUUCUUCAAACUUCUCACCCCAAAUGAUUGUCAGUACUUACAGUAUAGCGCCAAACCUUUUUCUAAAAGAGGAAAGAAGUUAAGGAAGAACUUUUAUUUUUUUUAAGCUUGUAAUCAAGUAUCAAAACUCACAAAAGUCAAAUAAAGCAAACUGUAGUGAACAAAAUAGAAUAUAAAUUAAACAAUUGCCAGAUUGGGGGCCCCCCUAGUGGUCAGGGGCCCUAAGCAGCUGCAUAGUCUGCGUAUAGGCUGGGCCGUCCCUGCAGUGAGGAAUGGACCAAGAGUAAACGUCAUGCUUUACAUUACCCGGGUAAUGACACUGCUCAACUCACGGCUCUAGCUCAACUCAUGCGGCUAGAUAAAAAACAAUAAUAACUGACUGCUGCCGACAGCCGCUACAAACUACGCUCACAUAAUGCUACGGUAGAUAUCACAUAUAUAAAGAACUACAUGUGAAAUGACAGACUUGCCGGAGUUAGUAAACAGCCGGCAUCUUAAAGCAGUAGACUUCCCUGGAAGCCUGUUUUAGCGAACCUUCCAAGCGAACCUAGUUAACUUUUUUUUAUCCAAAAUACUCCAAAAUCCAUCUUUGAAUGAUGAAACCAUUUUAAAACUUUCACAUGUCGAAAGUAGACAGAAGGGAAUAACGGGACAACUUAAAUGGUUGAUUUACAACAUUAAAUUAAUAGAAUGUAGUCUAAAGCUGCUGAUCCAGAAUGGAGACUUGAGUAUUUUAUUUACUGUUUUGAACUCUUAACUUGAUACUGAAAUAGUCGUUUAUUUAAGCCUGAGAGGAUUUUUGUACAAAUUUUUUAAAGUAAUGUACGAAACAUUAAAAGCAGCAAAUGGCUGGGGAGGAGGGUGCAUCAAUAAUUAAAUCGUAGCCUCUGAAUCGUAAUCGAAUCGUUAGGUGCCCAAAGAUUCCCAACUCUAACAACUAUCAAUUAAAUGAAACAACUGGAACAGUAACUGAAAAAAUAAUUAACACUGAACAUAAAUUUUGACUGUUAAUUACAUCUGUAGCGCUGCAGUGCAUGCUAGGAGGUAUGAUGGACAACAACAGUGUUGACAGCAGGUGGCAGCAGAGGUUGAUUGUCUCCCCCAAGGGAGCAGUGAUUGCCAAAUAAAGCUUCUUGAAGCAAUGAAACUCUGAAGCCAAUUGGUUCAAAGCUUCAUGGUGGUUCAUUUGGUCUCAGACAGUCUUAUGAUGCCACUGUCAAAGUUUUACCGGUUAACAUCUUUUGGUGAAAAUAUUCCAUAAUGCAUUGCGGACAGCUGUGGCUUAUAGUCCAGUGCAGCUUAUCUAUGAACAAAUACCGUUUUCGUGUCACAUUUGGUGGGUGGCGGCUUAUAGUCAGGUGCACCUUAUAGUACAAAAAUUAUGGUAGUCCUGCAGAAUGAAAUGAAUUACGGCAGUUUUUUUGUGACUUUGUUUUGGCAGCAUGGGUGUUUCGGAACAAUACUCUUCAGUUUGAAUGUAUUUGACUAUUGGAUCUGUUUGUAAAUCUGUAUCGUUUUUUUAUUGGCAUGCUAAGUUGGUCCCAUUGACUCACGCUAGCUUAGCUACUCUGGAACCCUGAAACUAACAAAUAACUAACGAACUACACGGAAUUUGUUGUAAUCAACUACACCAACUAAUUAAAAACCCUGUUAACUCGAAGAUUAAACCUAAUGUAAAAAAAAAAAAUUCAGAACUUCCGCCCCCUUAUUCCAUAUCUGUUCCCUGCAUAGUCAACAAGAAACAUCUUUUAUAGACAGUAUAAAUACAGCUUUACACACAGUUGGCAAUCUGCCUCUGUUACUACCUCUGAAGGCGGAAAAUUGCCAGGUACCCUUUAGCGCCCUUCGUUAAUGCCGCUUCUAAUUUCCUGAAAUUUAAAUUACAACUUUUAAAGGUUCAGUCACACCUCUGUUGUGCUCUGAUACUACCUCCACAGGCGGAAAAUUACCAGGUCAGUUCCGUUUAUACAGAUUUUUUUAUUUUUUGAAAAAUAAAAUGAAAACUGUCAGGAAAAAGUUGGCUCUUUUGAGGGAGUGUAAGGUGCUCUUUGCGUAAGCGCCGUCUGGCCUCUGUUACCGCACUGCUACUACCUCUGAAUGUUGAAUCAUGCCGGGUCGUUCUUUCUUUCCAA